CGUGAUAAGCACAGGCUCUGCGCCCUGCCCAAGGCGUUGCUAGCUGUGGCUCCUUGUGUCUGGGCCCAAGAGGACUCCUUCCCCAUCUGCCUGUGGUGCCUGCAGCCCCUUGGUCCCCUCUCUCUUCUGUUCCAGCUUCUGACCCCAGCUCCUGCUCCCACUGCAGCACAGAUGGGGCUCCCCUGGGGCUGCGGCCGCCCCAGCCUCACCGGCCAUGCCAGGGGCCUCCUGACUUCCCUCGUCACUCUGCUCCUCCUCCGGCUGGGCUCAGCCCAGCUCAGAGUGGAGGGACCAGGCCACCCUGUCACUGCCACCGUGGGGCAGGAUGUCGUGCUGCCCUGCCACUUGUCCCCUCAACGGGAUGCUCGCACCUUGGAGGUCAGGUGGAUCCGGGACCAUAUCUCUGAGACAGUGCACCGCUACCGCAAUGGAGAGGACCUGUACGGGGAGCAGAUGGGGGCAUAUGUCGGGAGGACAGAGUUGGCCAGAGAUGGUCUCUCUGCUGGAAGCCUGGACUUGCGAAUCACCAGGGUGAGACCCUCAGAUGAUGGGCAGUACUUCUGCACUGUGAAAAAUGCUGAUGCUUAUGAUGAAGCAACGGUGGAGCUGGAGGUGUCAGCCACAGGCACUGAGCCCCACCUCUCCCUGGAGGGCUACGAGGCCGGAGGCGUCCGGGUGCUGUGUCGAUCGACCGGCUGGUACCCGCUGCCGCAGCUGCUGUGGAGGGAUGCUCGCGGGCAGCACCUGCCCUCGGUCUCCCAGACACAUUCCCAGGACCAGGAGGGGCUCUUUGAAAUCGAAGGCUCCAUCAUCGUGACAGGGAGCAUGGAGGGGCCCUUGUCCUGUGUGGUCAGGAGCAGCCGCCUCCAGCAGGAGCGGGAAUCGUCCCUGCACAUCGCAGCUCCCUUCUUCCUCAAUGCCCAGCCCUUGAUAGUUGUUCUGGUUCUGGUCCUCGUGCUUUUUGCUGUGUCCAUUGGCCUCGGUGUUUAUCUCUUUCUUAAGAAAGCGGCACAGAGCCGAGAGCUGGAGAAACAAGCUGCAGAGCUGGCAUGGAGAAAGUUUCUGCUGCCUCAAAAUACAGUGAAAGUGACCCUGGAUCCGGACACGGCUCAUCCUGACCUCAUCCUGUCGGAGGACAACAGGAGAGUAAGAUUUCAAAGUGAACAGCAGCUGUUACCUUACAGCCUAGACAGAUUUGACAGUUGGUGCUGUGUGCUGGGCCAUGAGGAGUUCGAAGAGGGGAGGCACUGCUGGUUGGUGGAGGUGGAGGGCAAGCUGGAAAAGUAUUCUUGGUGGGGUGUGGGGGUGGCCAGGGCUUCUGUGACCAAGAAUGGGUUUUACAAAAUUACUCCUGAAGAGGGGAUCUGGGCUGUGCGGUACCAACAAGGGCAACUCAAAUCUCUGACAUUACCUCGCACUCCCUUGUCCCUGACCCCUGUACCCACGAGGAUCUGGGUCUGUCUGGACUGUACCCAGCAGCAGGUGUCUUUAUCAACGCUGACAACGGGGUCGAGAUCUUUAAGUUCACAGCAGCCAACUUCAAUAAAAAGCCCAUCCGCCCCUGGUUUCUGUUGUGGACACAGGGAAUUCAGCUGUGCCUGAGGGACAGCACCCCCCAGACCCUGUCCACAGCUCUGGGGGACUCCUGCCCUUCUCCAGCCACUCCUGCAUCACCUCUCCUUGAUCCUGCAGGAGCAGCACAGGAAUGAGGGGCAGUGGGGCCAGGGGGUGCCCCUUGUUCCUCCCUGCUUCUGGAGGAGGGCUGGGAUGCUGCAAGCAGGGGCCAGGCCCCUUGCAGCUCCUGGGCUCUGCCCUGCACAGGGCUCCUGUGCUGGGGCACAAGCCCUGCUGGCACCCGCAGGUCUCAGCUUGCCUCUGAGCCCCAGCAGGCAGCACAGGGGCUGCAGCAGCUCUCCACGCUCCUCUCCCUUCUGCUUGCACUGCUUGCAGACCCCAGUGCAAGGGAUAUGGUCACCGUGUGCUGCCGGCCAUUGCAGCCCACCUCUGCCUCCUAGUUUGGGGUUGAUCUGUGCUAUGUGGCUGGUGCUGAGCA